AUGACAGUCUCGUAUAACUUGGAUAUCUCGUCCGUAUCCGCAUUUUCCUUUCUACGACUUCUAUUUCGAUGGCGUGGUUCAAUAUGGAAAUCAAUGUCAACAGAAUUGUUUAUUUGGUUAUGUGGUUACUACAUAGUGUUUUUCGUCUAUAGAAAUCUACUAACUAUUGAUAAUCAGAGGCAAUUCGAAAAAGUAGCCAUGUACUGUGAAUCAAAAUUGUCCUACAUUCCGCUAACAUUCAUGCUCGGUUUCUUCGUUACGAUUGUGGUCGACCGAUGGCGGAAUAUUUUCGUGAACAUGGGGUGGAUAGAGAACUUGGCUUUAACAGUGGCCACGCUAUUGAGAGGUGACUCAAAGGAAGCUGUCCUUUACAGACGCUCAAUAAUUCGGUAUGCGGUUCUAUGUCAGGUUUUGGUGUUCCGUGAUGUAUCGAUGCGAGUUCGUCGACGCUUCCCCAACAUGGAGUCAAUCGUGGUUGCAGGUUUUCUGCAUGAAAAUGAAUUGAGGGAUCUGGAAAACAUCAAGAUGGUCUAUAACAAGUAUUGGGCGCCGUUCAACUGGGCGCUCACCAUCUGUACUCGAGCAUACAAAGAGGGAUGCAUCGAGAAUAUCCCAGCAAUGGUCGCUAUCCAAAAUGAAGUGAAGCUGUUCCGUACUAGCUUAGCUCAACUCUGCCAUUUUGAUUGGGUGCCUAUUCCAAUUGCCUAUCCCCAGGUACUUUUUUUUGCUUAUUCAUUAUAUUUUUGCACACAAAUUUCUAGAACUACCAUCGAGUUGUUAAGUUCAGGCAAGAUGCCGUUGAAUGCUGAACUAAAAGCCCUCAGUCAGGUUGUCUUCCUUGCUGUUCGAGUGUACUUUGUCAUUUGUACGGUGUCAAGGCAGUUUAUACUCAGCGCUGAUGCAAAAAACAGGAGUGCCCUAUUCAGAGUCGCAAAACCAGAGGAGCAUGUCAAAAUGGUUGCUGUCGAUGUUGGCAAACAUGAAGAAGGAGACCCUCCAAAAUCGCAUAAGCCUUCGUUGGCGGACAAAAUAGCCGACAUCUGCUGCGUACCUAAACGCCGAACAUCCGUCUACCCAGUGAGUCAAAGCGCUGUACAUUUAGUGCACUACGGCGACUCCCCCCGUCAAGCGAUCCGACGUCAGCCUCGCGCUACUCAAGCAGACGCCAAAACUAACCACAAACCCACUACUGAUAAUGGUGAAACUCGAAAGCUCAGCAAUGCAGGAUUGACAACAAUCAGCGAGGAAAGCGACUCUAGGAAAAGCUCAGCCGAAAGUGAGGUUAAAAUGAACGAUAUGUCUCGGCAUUGA